AUGCGCAACAACAAACCACCUCCCAACAACAACAAAGAUUCUCCGGUGAACGAUGAAUCCGAGAAUCCUACGCUGUUCAACGACAUCUCUCCCGGAAAUAGUGGAACCAAGGGUGGCAGUGGAGAACUCCCUCCUCCAGAAAGAACUUUGGGCAGUAAACAACCGCCAUUGCCUUCCGGCGAUGCAGCAGUGGGAUCAACCCGAGAUUCUACUGGGACAUACACCACUGAUAGUACCGGCAGUCGAGCCGCAGCUCAGGCAAUGAGUUGUUCCAAGUCUCCGCCUGUCGCCACGUUGAGUAUUGAUGGAAGAAUAUCGGUUGAGGAAACGGUUCUUUCCACAGAAAUUGCCUCAGCCACCGCUAGGCAGGCCAAUUCCGUCACAAAGACCGACAGCAAAGAGGUGGACGACCGAAAACCAGCGGCCAAAGAGAGUCACCAGGUCCAAAAUGAUGACAAGAACAAACAUGACAACAGCAAGAGUGAUGAUAUGGCCAACAUGGAUUCUGCUUCUAGUGCUCUUGCAACUAUCCAAGCAAGGUUUAACAACCCUUAA